AUGUCUGCAAGUCUGAACACUGUAGCCGGAACCCUCUACGAAGACUUCGUCGCCCCCUUCUACAAGAAAUCGCCCAAGAGCGACGCUACCGCCUCUUUAGUCAUGAAGGCCAUCGUUCUGGUCGUUGGCACCUGCUGCGUGCUGCUCAUCUUCAUCGUUGAAAAGUUAGGAGGCAUCAUGCAGAUGGCGAUCAGUGUGACUAGUAUCACCCACGGCGCCAUGAUCUACAUCUUCUCGGUCGGAAUCUUCUUCCCAUGGGUGAAUUCAAAGGGUGCACUGUGGGGAGCAGUGGCUAGUCUGGUGUCUAUGACCUGGGUCGUGGCAGGAUCCCAAUACUACAUGGUGGCUGGACAGCUACAAUUUCCCAGCAAGAUCCUUAGUGUUGACCAAUGUUUAGUUGGCAGCAAUGUCUUGAAUACCACAGUUGCGUCCUCUUACGCUGGCAUCGGUUCUCCAGUGAUAGCUGAAGGUGUACCUCCGCUUUACCAACUGUCCUAUAUGUACUUCUCCGGCCUGGGAGCUCUAGUGGGGUUGUUGGUAGGCCUGACUGUCACCUGUCUCACUCAAUCUCAGCCUCUGGAAUUGCUCGAUCCACGCCUCAUCACACCCUGCAUGAGACGCUUCCUACCUGCCCCUGCUCCAGCUCCAGAGGAGCUGAAGCUGAUCCAGGAAAAGAACUCUGUGAAGAUUGUGAUUAACGGUGUUUAGUUCAGUAGAAACAUGUCGCAAGAGAACCCCAGGACAGAUAACCCUUGAUGAAGGUUUACUAGUCAAAACAAUAUUGGACUCACUAGGAAAUGUCAACAGGAUUCAUCCAGUCAAACGUUCUUUGAAUCCCAAGACAAACUCCUGCAAAGGUCCUUUUCCAAAUCUACGUCUUCGAAAAGCCUUUAAAUCCAAGACAAUUUUAUAAACAAAUCACAAUUUUAAGAAUUGCGUUAAAUUUCAAUUCUUUAUCAUUUAUUGAAGAACCACGACAAAAUCUGAGAGAGUUUUAAAGACUGGAUUUUAUAUUAGAAAUAAUAUUAUUAGAAUUGAUUAUCAAGUCUGACAAAGAUCGUUGGUGCUAUUGUUGUAGUGCUAUUGUUGACUAGAGUACAUCGAAGUAGGUAGCUACAUUAUUGUGCGACUACAUUAUAAUAAUUUAGUGAAUAUAUUCCAAGUUAUUCUCUGUUUGGCCAUUCAAAGGCUGGAGAUGAACUAAUCAAGAGCUGUGAUCUUAUUUAAUAUUUUAAUAUAACAACAUGUAAAUAUUUGUAUUUUUACUAAUAAAACUAGGUUAACAACUUUGAAAAGUUGCUAGAAAUAAGACAUGAAUUGUUGACUAUUUUUAAUAAAAUAUAGAAAAUAAAUGUUUUUAUAGAUA